AUGUUUGCCAUAAAAGAUGAUAUACCUUACGUCAUCGCGCAGUCUCAAAUUAUACCACAGAUACCAACCUGUUACGAUUUCUACGACGGAAUCCUUGCUUUCGGCACUCCAACCGGAAAGAUAAUUUUCGCAGACGUUUCAGAAGGGAAAUACACACAGAACUACCUUGCAUCCAGCACAUCCAUUGAAAAGAUCAAGUUCCUUACCAAAGAUGUCCUUCUGUGGUACUCAAAAACCGAGUGUGGAUCAAUAAAUCUUCCCAAGCGCCAAGUUAUUCCAAUCCACACUCGCCUUGGCCCUGCCACAGACCUAAUAUGUUCAGAGGAGCUCGGCGUUUUCGUCCACGGCAAAUACGACCUUGGUAUUUUUUAUGAUGUCAAACAAAAGCCGAUGACUCUUCAAACAUCCAUCACCGCUGUUGCAGUCCAAGUAUCCAGAAUACCAGCAACAUGUUUCCAAGGCGAUACUCCCAAUUUCGCCGUAUUAUUAUCUACCGGAGAAAUCCAAGUCUACACAUACAAGAACGGCAUAGCACAGAUGCCUGUUCUGAGGCUGCGUAACUCACGGGAGAACUCCAGGACAACUUGUCUUGCUUGGAAAGGCGAUUGCAUCAUAACUGCUGACACAGACGGCGUAAUUAUGUUUUACGACUUUGCUUUCGGUACAUCGAAGCAAACAUACUCUCCUUUCAUCGACAUAGACAGGAUAGAGUUCGAGAGAUCAUCCAGCGGAUUGUACGUACACGCGAGAGACGGAAAAUUUGGUUUUUCACUUGAAAAAGUGGAAAGUUGUCCUUUUUCUGUUUCCUCAUUCGCUGUAACAGGAAAUGGACUCGUCCUCGUCUCCCCGCUCAAUGACGAAGCCGUGAAAUUCGUUAUUGCAAGAGACUGGAGAUCUGUAAAAAGAAUCACUUCACCUGCCCUCUUAAAACCGCUAAAAACCGCCCAGCAACGGUUAGAGCUUAUGGGUGAGCAAUUAUUAACGAAUCCUACUACAGGAACAUG